CUUCACUCAUACAUCGUAUCAGCGAAUUCACAUACACAAAUUGCCAACGAUGGGGAAAAACGACAAGAAAUCCGGCGACAAAGGCGGCGCCAAGGGAAAGGGGACCGAAGGUAAAGAGUCUGGAGGAAAGACUAAGGGAGCCAUGUCUAUCAAUGUUCGACACAUUCUGUGCGAAAAGCAUGCGAGGAAGGAAGAGGCUCUUCUGAAGCUGAGCGAGGGUGUCAAAUUUGACGAGGUUGCACGGACCUAUUCCGAAGACAAGGCACGACAAGGAGGUUCUCUAGGAUGGAAGACAAAGGGCAGUCUGGACCCCACGUUUGAAGAGGUUGCUUUUUCCCUACAGCCAAGCACUACGAGCAGUCCUAUAAUUGGAGAGGCCAAGACGCCGUUUGGCUAUCACAUCAUAAUGGUCGAGGGGCGCAAGUAAAAAAGGGUGCAUGCAGAUAUCACGAAAUAGUGCAAAAGAGAGCCAGCAUUUUAG